AUCCAAUUAUUCCAUACUUUAAUAUUUAUUAUUUAGGUUCUAAAUGCUUCCCAUAGAUAACAGAUAUAAUACAGAAAAUUCUUCCUUUUAACUUUAUAAAUUUCUCUUUCAAUUUCAAAGUUUUGAGGUUAUAUUUUGAUAUAAAUUCGUCUUCUUCUUCCUACGCGUGGUAUGCACAAAAUAUCCUCUCGGGGAUAUUUUGUGGUGGUAUGAACUUGAACGUGCAAUGGAAUUAUGAUUGGAUAUUGGAUGGCACAAUGCCCAUAAAAAAUAAAUUCAAAUUCAUAUUGUUGUCAUGUGGUGAUGUAGUCUACAAUAAAUUUAAAUUUAUUUAUUAUGAUUGCGAAAUUCUGUUACCUGUUAGUCGUAUUUAAUAUCUUCAACAUAAACAAUGAUGUAGUCGCAACUUUAACACCAAAAUCUCCUCGGGGUAAUAAAGAAAAUAAAAAUAAAAUAGAUAAAGUUAGGUUAGGCCCUCAAAACUACACGGUGUUCGAUAAAAAUCUUGUUAAUGAAGCAGCUACUGCCAAAGAUAUUCUAACAAAUUGUCAAGCUUUUUUUAGAGAAACAGAUGAAUAUAGAUUCGAUGGAUUAGUCUUAGGAUAUGUUACUCCUUGGAAUAACCAUGGAUAUGAUAUAGCUAAAAUAUUUGGAAAUAAAUUUACACACAUUAGUCCAGUGUGGCUUCAGAUAGUACGAAAAGGCACUAAAAGCUAUGAAAUUCGUGGCACUCACGAUGUCGAUAAGGAGUGGAUGGUUACCGUCCGAAAUGCAGGAAGGGAAAGAAAACUUAAAAUUGUACCCAGGGUAUUGUUUGAUGGGUGGACUCGCAAUGAUUACACGAAAUUAUUAGCUAGUAAAGAAGAAAUGGCCGCUUUAAUUAAUGCAUUCGUAAAAGCUGCUAAACAGUAUGGGUUCGGUGGUUAUGUAAUUGAAGUUUGGUCCCAAAUUGCCUCAGCUAUACAGUUCGAUCCUUUGAUAGAUCUCAUUCGGAAUAUUGCCGAUGGUUUAACUGUUGAAGGCUUAGAUAUAAUACUAGUAAUCCCACCAAAACGCGGCAAAGAUGAACUGUUUACUGGUAAACAUUUCGAUGCCUUGUACGACUACGUUACCGCUUUUUCUUUGAUGACCUAUGAUUUUUCCAACCCACAUAUGCCAGGUCCAAAUGCUCCUUUGCCAUGGGUUCAAGAUUGCGUAACGGCGUUAACUUCAAAUAAAAAUAAGCGUAAGAAAAUACUGACAGGUCUCAAUUUUUAUGGUAACGAUUACACUUUGAAUGGGGGUGGACCAAUUGUUGCCCACGAAUUCAUUAGCAGACUCAAAUUAUUUAAUGGAAAAUUACAAUACGAUCCACAAAUCGCAGAACAUUUUUUUGAAUAUAAGGAGAGUGAUGAGAAAAGACAUUUGGUGUUUUAUCCGACGUUAUAUUCAAUAAACAAAAGACUCGAGUUGAUCAAAGAGUUGAACACGGGUAUUUCGAUAUGGGAACUAGGACAAGGAUUGGAUUACUUCUACGACCUGUUUUAGGUACUUUUUGUAGUCAUUUUUUUAGCUUUUGUAUGUUCCUUUGUAACACAGUUUAUUGUGAUAUCUACACUGAUAAAAGUUUUGUAAGUAGUUA